AUGCUGAAAUAUCGUCAAUUGAUUAUAGUGCCCCGAGGUGCUAUUUUCAAACCCAACCUUCCAGCGACGUACAAGGAGAAUUCAAGCUUGUACCAAGAAAACAUGGACUGCUUCGCAGAUGAUGACGAGAUAGAUCCAGUCAUUAUAUGUAUCCCAAAAGGAACUCCUCUACCGCGAUCUUUGAUUCUGUUCCGCCUAGCCGACACUCAUUUCGAGCUGCAGCCAGCAUAUCCUAUGCACUUGCAUGUGUUUAACGAAAUUCUGACUGAAUUUUAUGCUUCACGUGGCGUUGCGAUUCCUGCGGAGACUUGGUUGGCAAGCCAUCGCUUGCACACGCAUACUGUGAACCUGCUCUGUAGUAAUAGUAGCGAGGGACUGGAGGAUGUGAUGCAAUAUCAUUUCUUAUAUCCUCAUUGGGAACUGGCUAGAAGCUAUACACUCUGUAUUCUUACGAAGCUAAAUGAUCUGGAAAAAGACAUGUAA